CACAAACUUGAAGAGAUCAGUAAUGGCCAUGGAAGACCCUAGGAUGGUGGAAGAAGGCCUGGUUGGCCAUGGUCGUGAAGGAGACUUACAUAGCAUUCAUCAGAAGAAAGAAGAAGAAAAGAUUGGCGAUAGAACAGACCACAUCAGCCUCGACAAGGAGGAGAAGCUGGUGGCUGCCAAAGAGGAGCAGCCAUUGAUAAAGCCCAAGACCAAGAGGGUUGCUACCUUGGAUGCAUUUAGAGGCCUAACCAUAGUAUUAAUGAUACUGGUAGAUGAUGCUGGAGGAGCAUAUUCCAGAAUUGAUCACUCUCCAUGGAAUGGCUGCACAUUGGCAGACUUUGUUAUGCCAUUUUUCCUCUUCAUUGUCGGUGUUGCAAUCGCGCUCGCACUCAAGAAAAUACCAAAGGUGAAGGCUGCAGUAAGAAAAAUAAUCUUAAGGACAUUGAAGCUCCUUUUCUGGGGCAUCCUCUUGCAAGGAGGAUACUCUCAUGCACCAGAUGACCUGGCUUAUGGUGUCAACAUGAAGCAAAUCCGAUGGUGUGGCAUCCUUCAGAGAAUAGCAUUGGUAUACCUCAUUGUAGCUCUGAUAGAGACCUUCACCACCAAGCUCAGACCAACUGCCCUGAACCCUGGUCAUUUCUCCAUCUUCACUGCAUAUAAUUGGCAAUGGAUAGGAGGCUGUGUCUCAUUCAUCAUUUACAUGGUCACAACUUAUGCACUGUAUGUGCCAGAUUGGAGUUUUGUGGCGUAUCACCAUGAUAAACCAGAGAGAUACACAGUGAAAUGCGGGAUGAGAGGACAUCUAGGCCCGGCGUGCAAUGCUGUUGGUUAUGUGGACCGACAAGUCUGGGGCAUCAACCAUCUCUACUCGGAUCCUGUCUGGAAACGCUUAAAGGCCUGCACGCUUAGUUCGCCAAGUGCUGGUCCCCUACGAAAAGAUGCUCCAAGUUGGUGUCGCGCUCCAUUUGAACCGGAAGGCUUGUUGAGUUCGAUUUCAGCUAUUCUCUCGGGCACAAUUGGUGUGCAUUAUGGACACGUCUUGAUUCAUUUCAAGGGUCACGCAGAGAGGCUCAAGCAAUGGGUAUCUAUGGGGCUCGGCUUACUAAGUCUAGCCAUCAUUCUUCAUUUUACAGAUGCUAUUCCCAUUAACAAACAACUCUACAGCUUUAGCUAUGUCUGUUUCACAGCUGGUGCAGCUGGAAUCGUGUUCUCUGUAUUGUACAUACUGAUUGAUGUUUGGGGACUGCGAACACCAUUUUUGUUCUUGGAGUGGAUAGGAAUGAACGCGAUGCUGGUGUUCGUGUUGGCAGCACAAGGCAUCUUUGCGGGAUUCGUAAAUGGGUGGUACUAUGAAACUCCAGAUAACACGCUAGUCAACUGGAUUCAGAAGCAUAUUUUCAUCGAUGUCUGGAAGUCAGAGAGAAAAGGGACUCUACUAUAUGUCUUAUUUGCUGAAAUUACCUUUUGGGGUGUGGUUGCGGGCAUCCUGCACAAAUUGGGUAUAUACUGGAAACUGUGAUAAGACAAAAAUAGCUAUGUUGUUCACCUGUAUGUAACUUGUUUCAGGAUUAUUUAUGUUUUCCAUUGUCUUCUUCUUUAAGAUUUGUUUCAGUCAUUCUUUGUAUGUUUGAAUUUUGCUCUCCACCCUACUUGAAUGCUAAUUUAGAACGGAUAGAAUCUGUUGAAGGUUGC